CCUAACUGUAACAAACAAACACACACACACUUAUAUUAUACAUAUUUUUUAGAUUUAGUCUUUUUACCUGAAAGGAAAAAUUUUUUAAAUUGCUUAAAUUGUAAAAGAAAAAUUCUCGAAUUUUCGUUUUUGUUUGGAAAAUGGAAACGGAUGUACAUAAUUUUUCCCUCUUGUAUUUAAUCACCUUAAAUAUAUAUUUGACUUAUGCAAAGUGCACGUUCCGAGUGUUUCUCUAAUGAUUUCCCUGAACACUCGAGAAAGUUUCCUUAAUCCGCUUUUAAAAAGGGUUUAAAUUGGGGAGAAAGUUUCGAAAAAUCGUCUCCGAAACAUUUUGGAUGAAAAAUCCAAGUCAGUUCAUUGAUCCACGUCGAAGGGUGAGCAAGUGCUUCGAAAAUGCGAAUACUGGCGGUAAUUUUUGUUGCUAAUAGCAACCAUUCACAACGCACACUGCGAUGACGGCUCUAGAAGCAGAAGAUUGGCCUUGGAUUUUGGCGGUGUAGUGGAUAACGCUUUGGGUUUUAUGGAUGCGAUGGGAUUCGAUGGAAGCGGAAUCGAAUUGCUGAAGAAUCUCUACAACGCUGCGGUCGCCGAAGAGAACCUUUUGCUUCAACGAAAAGCCAUCAAAUUGUUGAUGAGGACGUGCAAUUUCAUCUUAGGUUACCUUCCUUCUGAACCUGUCAGGAAAAACAGCCAAUUGGAAGCUUUAAAACACUUGAAUUUGAUACGAUUCACCAAAGGGAAUUCUAACAAUUUGAGAAGAAUCGAAACUCGUCCAAAACGCAGCGAUUAUUACGUAGAUUUAUCAGGACCAAUUCCGGUGGAGAUCACCACGCGAAAAUACGCGGAUUCUUACAAAAUCUCCGACGAUUCUCGCCGAUUCCCCGAAUCCACCAUCAAUAAGAAUUUCUAUUUCAAAUUCGAUUUGGAUCAGAGGAGCCAUAGGAAUCAGAAACGCGAAACGCAGCAAGAAAUUCUGUUGAGAAAAAUCGAAAAGGCCAACGAAGAAAUCGAGCAGAUCAAAGCUGAUAUUCGAAAGUUGAUCGAAGAGAUUAACGCUUCUAAUCCUGACGAAAAAAUGCAAGAAAUUAAUUUUGAUCUGACGAAUUCUGAUGAAUUUAAACAGGAGAUUGAUUUUAUUGAUUUAUCUUUAAUGAAUAAUGUGAUGACUACAGAUUUAAAUGAAAUUGUUACGACUUCUACUGAAGCGCCAUCUCUGGACGAUAUCGAAAUUACUACAAUAGUACCUGAUGAUGUAUUGAGUGAUUCAAGCGAAGGUGAUAAUCGCAAAACGAAGAUUGUUGGAAUCCAAGUGGUGAUUGAGAAUGAUUUCAGCACGGAUUCGUCUCUAUUUAUUGAUGAUUUUUCGACUGGGGAGGAAUUGCGGAUUGACCAAGUGAGUAAAGUUGCAGAUGCGAAAAUUGAUAAUCAGGAGAUUUCAUCUGAUGAUGUUAAAGAAAAUGAUAAUCUGAAAUACUCAACUGAUGAUGAUGAAAAUGUUUAUGGAAACGAAAAUUUGAAAAUUUCAUCUGAUGACGAAGAUUUCAAUGAAGAAUGUGCGACUGAAGUUUUAUCAGUUGAGGAGGAAUUGCGGAUUACCCGAGUGAGUGAAGUUGCAGAUACGUUAAUGGAAAUUGGCAAAAUUUCUAAUGAUGUACCAAAGGAAGAAUUUGAUGUUAAUAUUGUGGAUGUGACUGAAAAAUCUGAAGCUUAUGAUGUUGCAACGAUUGAUUCCGAAUUAAACGAUAAAUCCAAUGAAACGACUGAAGUUAAUGCUGAUGUGGUGCCAACAAAGGAAUUCGAUGUUAAUAUUGUAGAUGUCACUGAAAAAGAUGAUGUUUCUGAAGUUGCCGAUCCAGAGUUGACUGAUUACGAAUCGUUAAUGGAAAAUGUUAAUGAAGUUGUCUAUACAACAAUGACGCCCAGUGAAGCACCAUCUACUGAAGAAUUGUCGACCAAUCAAAGAACAGAAGAAAUUGAUGUAACUACAAUAUCUAGUGCAUUUGAACAUAUUGUAGAUGUAACUGAUGUAACAGAUUUAGAUGAUAGAACUGCGAAUUCAAGUGAAGAUGGACGGGAAUUGGAAAGGUAUACAACCGAAGCUGCAGAUGAAGAAACCACAACUUUAAUGGAUGAGAUUUCAACAUUGAGUGAAGAAGCUUCAAUUGAAGUUACAACAAUCCAAGAAGCAUCGAGUGAAAGUAACAAUUUUGAAGUAUCCUUGAUUGACGUAGAUGAUGUUACUGAGGUUGCAGACUCUAACGGUAAGAUUGAGAAGGCGACAUCUGAUAGCAAUUUCGAGGAAUCAGUUGAAAUUUUGAACGCAACCGUUGAACCAACAGAUGACGGUGAUCAUUUAACGAAAACUUUACUGAAAAUUGAGAUCAAUCCAGAGACAGAUGAAAAUGAAGAAUUCAAAGAUGAAUCCGUAUUGGAAGAUUCUGUAAAUGAACCGUCGAAUUUCCGAAGUUUCCGUGUGAAACCUGAUUUGAUUGAUAGCAACUUUGAUCCGUACGAUGAUGAUUUGCUUCUGGUUUAUCCUGAAGAUUAUAACGAUGAAGAUUUCAAAGAGUUCGGGGCUAAAAUCCUUCCAGAAACGAAAAGUAGUUCGAAGAAGUCCGAUAAAAGAUUGAAAUUAAUGAGGAAAAAUGAAGCUGCGCAAGUAAUUGCUAAUGAAAAGUUACUUGCAAGGAACGAUGAAGCUUUGAUGAGAAAAACGGUUCAGUUUCCUAAGAAAUCAACUGCGUUUUUGAAGAUUGAAGACAAAUCUGAGAGGAAAACUGUUAAACCAAAAGUGGUUACUUCAAAUUCAGUACAGAUGGCGUUUGAGUCGAGCAGAACAGUUGAGAGUCCUAGCGUGAGUCUGUUCAAGAAAUACCCGGUCGAGGAGUUGGAAAAUGCCAAUCUGAAGGAUGAGCCAAAUCCGGCUUUGCCGGAAAUCUUCAAAGCGCUGAAGAGUUUCAACGAUUCGGCUGAAUUCGAUUACGUGCCGACGUUGAUCGAUUGGGACGCUUCAGAUACCAAAUCGAAUUUCAAGAACGUUUCCGAAGUCUUAACCAACAUACAAGAGCACAUCAACAAUAGCGGAAAGUUUGUUUUGAGUAACGCUACAGAGCCGAAGAAGUUCGUGUACGUCGUUGUCAAUAAAUCGUUGAUUGCUUCGCCGAUGAAGAAACGCGUUAAACGGAAUUUGAACAGCAAUUACUUUGAGAACGCUGUAUCGCGUUUCAGGCAAAUCUCUCCGAAUUUCGAAGGAUUUUCGUACUUCAAUCAUCAACCGAAGAGAUUCAACAGUUACUUGGAGCCAAAACCGAUCGGUAAAUUGAUCAAAGAAUCACCUGCAUCGGUGAAGGAUCAAGUGGUUUCUUAUAUAACAAAGAAGAAAGAAGUUUCUAAAGUUGCUCCAAAAGAUGAAUCGAAGAACGAAGAUGUCCAAUUCAAUUAUUUACCGCACGUUAACAUCAACAAAGAUUUCGAAGAACCAAAAGUUAUGUUGUUAAAUCCACAAGAGUUUUCUUCGAAUUUCAACAGUUACGACACCGAAAACUGGUUCAAAACUGUUCAUUCCGAAAUGAAUAGGAAAGUUUUCGAUGCGGAAGCACCCAAAGAGAUGUUUUACGGUGUUGUGCCGAACGUUAAGAGAUUGCAUCCGUUCUUUUCGGAGAAUGUUGUUAAUGAUCUGUUGUUGAAUGCUGAAACAUCAACAGUUGCGAAGAGUGAAGAGGAAAUUGGUAAUUUCAAUGAAGAAUAUUAUGGAUUCAAUUUUUUGCCUCUCUACGAUAAGUACAACGAUUUUGCUGAUAUGAACCAGAAGAUUGAGAAUAAGUUAACGUCUGUUGAUGAUGGUGAACCUCCAGCUACCAUGUUUUACGGGGUUUUACCGAGCAAAGAGAAAUUGCAAGAUUUUAAGUCGGUGAAACAAAAUUUUGGUUUCGAUUCUUUACUUCAUCGUGAAAUGUUUAAGGAGUUUGAGGAGAUGAACCAGAAGAUCAUGGAUUUUUUACCAGAUAAGUCAGCUCCAGCUACCAUGUUCUAUGGAGUGUUACCAAAUAAAGGAAGAUUGCAAGAAUUUCAACAAACUCAUCUUGGUUUACUCGAUAGGUAUAGAGAUGUUGAUGGGAUGAACCAGAAGAUCAUGGAUCGUUUACCAGAUAAGUCACCUCCAGCUACAAUGUUUUACGGUGUUCUACCUAAUGAAAAGAAGAUUGUAGAGUUCCAGAAGUUCCAUUCAUCUAAAGAAAGCUCUGAAGUUGAUGAUGAUGAUGAAGAGUUCGUUUUCAGGGAGAAAGGUUUCAACGAGUUACCUUACGUGAAGAACAAUCAAAUCUUCGAUACGAAGAUUUAUUUCCAGUUAGUCUUGGAUAAAGUGAAGAGGCAAAGGGAGGAAGCUUUGAAAAAGACGCAAUCGAAUGAUAAAAUUAAAUUUGAGAAAACGAAAUUUGGAAAUGCUAACGAUGAUCACUACGAGGAAUUCGUUUUUAGCAAUUUGCCGCAUUACAAACCGAAGAAAUUAUUCCAAGAGGAUAGAACGAAUUUGGGUGAAGACAAUGCUGGGAAGAUGAAGAUUGAAGUGAAUUUGGAAAAAGUGAAGGAAUUGUCGAAAGAAGAUGAUCAAAAUAUUGAAGCUACAACCUCAUCUGUUGGAAUUGAAGAAGGAAAUGAAGAUGAAGAUUUGAGCUUCAACAGUUUACCGCUGUUUGAUCAGAAGCAAAAAUUCCAGUUUGUUGAAAAUGAUGAUCAGAAAACUUUGAAUAUUGAUACCACAACUUCGUCAAUUGUAAUUGAAGAUGAAGUUUCUGAAGAUGAAGAUUUGAGCUUCAACAGUUUACCUCUGUUUGAUCAGAAGCAAGAAUUCCAAUUUGUUGAAAAUUAUGAUCAGAAAACUUUGAAUAUUGAAACCACAACUUCGUCAAUUGUAAUUGAAGAUAAAGUUUCAGAAGAUAAAGAUUUGAGCUUCAACAGUUUACCUUUGUUUGACCAGAAGCAAGAAUUCCAGUUUGUUGAAAAUGAUGAUCAGAAAACUUUGAAUAUUGAAACCACCACUUCGUCAAUUGUAAUUGAAGAUGAAGUUUCGAAAAAUGAAGAUUUGAGCUUCAACAGUUUACCUCUUUUUGAUCAGAAACAAGAAUUCCAAUUGGUGAAGACCGACGAUCAAAGUUUUCUGAAUUUUGAUUCAGACAUCGAAAAAGUGGUAAACGAAGAUGCCGAAGAGAGCUUCGACAAUGAAGACAACAAUUUAACGGAUCUGUACGAUGUGCGUCAAUUGGUAAAACCGAAAUUGAAUCAAUCGAAAGUUGAGAAAAAGAUACAAGAACUUGAAAAGAUUUUGAGCGAAGGAGUCGAUGAUUUACCAAAAAAUGAUAAGAUCGUGAAGAAUCAGCAAGAUUUCUUCACUGAAGUGGGAUCAGCGAUUGGGCAGAAUUUCGGUACAAAUUUAGCGGAAGAUUUCCGAAAGUUCGUCCACAAUUUGAAGCAAAACGAAGAUCACCCGAAGACUCGACCGUUCAACAUCUACAAACCUGCUGUUAAAUUCAACUCGAUCCUCCGCAACAUCACCGAAGACCAAUACAUUCCACCUAGUACAGUCGCAUACCAAACCGACGAUUUACCCAACCUCGAGGAUCCGAGAAUCGUAGUUCCGUCCGGGAUGAAAGCGGUGAAUCUGGACGAGAAUACGGAUGGAAUUCUUCAGGCUUUGGAUCAGAUCUUGAAGAUCGAAGCUACGACGACGGCGAACAAUCGGAAUUCGGAUGAGAUCGUUAAGAAUCUGGGUGUGAAGAGUUUUUCACAGUUGAACAGUCAUCGUGGCGACGUGAUGGAUGACUUGGAAAGUGAUGAAAGUGUUGAAGAAGACGCGUUCGAAGAGUUUCCUUUGGACGGUCAUAAGAUGUUAUAUCUAUCAAAGGUGUACAAUCCCGAGGAAGACGUGGAUGGAAAGAAACUUUUGGCUUUCAUGUAUCCCGAGUUCGGGAAAAGAAUCGAUCCCGAAACCAAAUAAUUAUUAAUAUUGUUUAAAUUAUAUAACUAUUGUAUAAGUUUAGUUAAUCUUGAUGUGAAAAUAAAAAAUCUCU